CGGCGAGGUGCCGUGGCGAGGUGAGCGGCAUGCGCGAGCACCAGCGGCGAUUGCUUGCUGCCCAUCGAGUGCGCCGCGGUAGAUCGUAUAGAUAAGCAAGAGUUUGGAGUCGCCAGCCACGAUCACGUUCAGGACUGAAUGAAACGACCUCGCUGUCGUGCUAAUGCUGUGUGUUUAUUAUUCAGAUUCAGAUACAGAGUCUACCUUGUUUAGAUGGGUUACAUGCAAUGUAGAAGAAUGUUUAGAUGGGUUCAAUGCAAUGUAAUAUGCUUAUCUGUACUACUUACUGUGAUCGUGAUGUACUAAAUACCGUCUUUCCUUUUUCGUUUUUCAGCUCGGCGAUUUUCCAUGUCUGCAUGAGUUGCUCCAUUGCAUCCACAGUCAAGUGCCCAAUAUGAACAUUCUAGCCUACGCCCAGACCACCAUCUUGACAGAGGUCAUCCACGUUUCGGGGAGUCAGCCACCGACUGAUGAGGUCAACGGAUACAUUGACUACGACCAGCUUGUCACUUGUGUAGAGGAGAUGUUCUCGUUGCGGGAGUGGGUGCCACCUGCCAUCGAGGCAUGGCUAGACCUGAUCCGGGAUGGAGUUACGGGGCACGAGUACCUGAUCCGCUACAAUGUAGCCCUGAUGGAUCCUGCACAAGCGUUCCAGUGGCUUAUGGAGGCGAGAGGCAUCCUGGAGCAGCUGCGCUUCAGAGACCCACGGACCUUCCAGUUGAUCCUUGGUAUGCACCCUGAGAUGGGCGACUGGGAUAGUAACAGCUACUGCUUGAACACACUUCUGGCCCAAACCAGAGGGUUCAUCGACAGGCGAGACCCGACCCAGCAGCCCACCGUCUUCGAGCACGACGUCACAGGGGUUCUCACAGUAUGCAGGAAUAGCUCCCAGCACGCGUCCCGGUUACUGGAGCGGCUCAUGGUCCUCAUCCUAGAGUUCGAUUUUCCGGGGCUCGUCGCCCGCCUCCAGCGCUCCUUUUUUAGGGCGAGGCUGCUCUUCGUUUUCAACCUGGAGGCCACAAUGGCCUGAGCUGCGCUCCUGUGAACUCUGGAGACAAUCAUGGCGACCUCAAAUCAAAUGCAUACAUAGACUCUCCAGGUCAUAUAGUAGUGUUUAGCUAGCCAAACCACUCGCAUUCAUAUUCAUUCUUCGCUUGCGACUAUUGCUAGUCUAGUCGAAACUGUACAUGCUCUAGGCGAAUUUUGAAUUGUCAGUACUAGUACUCGUUUGCUUGUCAUCCCUACAUAUACAGCUUUGCCAUCUACAAGUACCUCACGUUUCUUGCAUCUUCUCUGCUUUUUGUUGCCCUCCACAGUAUGCAUUCUUCGUUUGAUUGAUAUACUACGCUUCUGCAUUGUCAAAAAACCGCUGCUAUACAUACACAUGAUAUACUAGCGCCCGAUAUGUCUACUCCCUCCGUUCCAAAUUACUCGUCGUGAUUUUACUUCAAAAAUUAUUUUUGAACUAAAACCAUGACGAGUAAUUUGGAACGGAGGGACUACAUGGCAGCUUGACGGCGAGCGUGCAAGCAGGAGAUUUGGACGCCGAGGCACUAUCCUUCACCCAUCGUGCGGAACAUAUCAUCGUCUGUGAAGCAAUUUCGUUGCCAAAACUUGUCUCAGCAACAACAUCAACAUCAGGCUCCUUCCAGCACCUUGCCGUUGUCGUGUUUUCUGCAUGCGCUUCCACCCUCCCUCCCUUGCACAUCCUUCAACCGCUCCUCGCAUGAGCGCCCAGCCUCACAUAC